CCACCCACUUACACAGACCAUUUCCUCCAACACAAAGUUUUCCUCCAUAGGAUCUGAAUCGGCGCAUCUCAACCUUAACAGGUUCUAUAUGUUCUGUUUUGCUGUUUAUUAUCUUGAUCAGGGAGAGUAGAAAGAUUCAACCCUAAACCGGGUUUUCUCUCGGAGACUUUCAGUAUUAAGGGUUUCUUGUGGAACAAUUCUUAGGGUUUGUUAGGGCUCUUGAGAAAACUGAUGGGUUCUUAUUCUGCUGGGUUCCCUGGAUCAUUUGACAACUUUGAUUUCAAUUUUGGAGACGGCUUCUAUCUGGAUGAUCAACCUUUAUUAGAAAUCCCAUCUCCCUUUCCUCCUCCUCCUCCAGCUCCUCCUCAUCCGGAUCCAUAUUCACAUGCUGCUGAUGCUGAAUCUGAUUUCUCUGAUUCUGUUCUGAAAUACAUAAGCCAAGUGCUUAUGGAAGAAGACAUGGAGGAGAAGCCUUGUAUGUUUCACGAUGCUUUGUCUCUUCAAGCAGCUGAGAAAUCUCUCUAUGAAGCUCUCGGCCAGAAGUACCCUGAUCAUUCUGAGCGGUUGGCUCAUAGUCCUGACGGUUCUUCUCCUGGUUAUGCCUCAAGCACCACUUCAUCUGAUUGGAGCUUUGAUUGUCUGGAGAACAAUAGACCUUCUUGGUUGCACUCACCCAUCUCCAACAACUUUGUUUUCCAGUCUACUAGAUCCAAUCCCAAGCCUUCUGGUGGCAGUAACGUGGCUCUCAAGUCAAGUUUUAAUAACGAUUUGGUUUCUAAUAUGUUCAACGACAGCGAAUUGGCGUUUCAGUUCAAGAGAGGUAAGGAGGAAGCUAGUAAGUUCCUUCCAAAGAGUUCUCAGUUAGUUAUAGAUUUGGAGAGUUACAUCCCAGCAAAUGAUCCUAAGGAGCAUCCCUCUGUACUCCCUUACAGAAGAACCGGUAAGAAAAAACACUGGCGUGAAGAUGAACACUUGGUGUCUGAAGAAAGAAGUAAGAAGCAAUCAGCUGUUUACGUCGAUGAAGCCGAGCUAUCUGAAAUGUUUGAUAAAAUUCUGUUAUUCGGCCGACCUAAGGAGCAACCUCUAUGCAUUCUUAACGAUAAUUUCAUAAAGGAAACCGCCAAAGAUUCAUCAUCAAGUUAUAAAAGCGACGCAACGCAACAGAAGCAUGCAGCUAGCGGCAACAGUUAUGCGAAAGAGACACCUGAUCUGAGGACACUUUUGGUUUCAUGCGCACAAGCUGUGUCUAGUAAUGAUCGUAAAAUGGCGGAAGAUUUGUUGAGACAAGUAAGGCAGCAUUCAUCAUCUCACGGCGACGGCACAGAGAGGCUAGCUCAUUACCUCGCAGACAGCCUCGAAGCACGCUUGGCCGGGACAGGCACGCAGAUCUACACCGCCUUGUCUUCCAAGAAAACAUCUGCUUCCGACAUGCUGAAAGCUUACCAGACGUACAUAUCCGUGUGCCCGUUCAAGAAAACAGCGAUCAUAUUCGCUAACCACAGCAUCAUGCACUUGGCUCCUACCGAUGCCAAAACCAUCCACAUCAUCGACUUUGGGAUCUCUUACGGAUUCCAGUGGCCUCCUCUGAUCCACCGCCUCGCGUGGAGACGCGGCGGGUCGUGUAAGCUUCGGAUAACCGGUAUAGAGCUGCCUCAACGCGGGUUUAGACCAGCCGAGGGAGUUAAUGAGACGGGUGAACGGUUAGCUAGGUACUGCCAGCGGUACAAUGUUCCGUUCGAGUACAACGGUAUUGCGCAGAAGUGGGAAACAAUCAAACUUGAGGACUUGAAGCUAAGAGAAGGCGAGUUUGUUGCUGUGAACUCUUUGUUCCGGUUUAGGAAUCUGUUAGAUGAGACGGUGGCGGUACACAGCCCGAGAGAUGCGGUUCUGAAGCUGAUCAAGAAGAUCAAACCAGACGUCUUCAUCCCCGCGGUCCUCAGCGGCUGCUACAACGCGCCUUUCUUUGUGACGAGGUUUAGAGAGGUUCUGUUUCAUUACUCUUCUCUCUUCGACAUGUGCGACACGAGCCUGCCUCGAGGAGAUCCGAUGAGGAUUAUGUUCGAGAAGGAGUUCUACGGGAGGGAGAUCAUGAACGUGGUGGCGUGCGAGGGGAGUGAGAGAGUGGAGAGGCCUGAGAGUUAUAAGCAGUGGCAGGCGAGGGCGAUGAGGGCUGGGUUUAGACAGCUUACGCUUGAGAAGGAGCUGGUUCAGAAACUGAAGUUGAUGGUGGAAAGUGGAUACAGAAGCAAAGAGUUUGAUGUUGAUCAAGAUGGCAACUGGUUGCUUCAAGGCUGGAAAGGCAGGAUUGUGUAUGCUUCGUGUACUCUGGUUCCUACGUAAGACGUUUUUGCAUAACGUCCCAAGGAACUGAUUCUCGGUUGGGUUUGUACAUGUUUUAGGGUUUAUUUCCUUCUUGGGGGGUUUUCUUUUGCUGUAACAUUAUCAAGGUAGGAUGAUUAGGCAUAAGAUCUAUGGGCAUACGAACUUAUGUUAUUUGUAAACGGUUACAUAUGUUAAUGGAAAAUAGUAUUUGUA